UAGGAUGACGAAGGAGGAAGAGGUCCCUGAACCCAGCCCACGGUCCAUAUUCUCUACAGACAUCUGCACGUGUACUAUUAGAGAGCUUGAUAAGACUAGCACAGAGCUAGCAGUAUACUCUCUAGAGUGCCCAAUCCACGACAGUGCGCCCAUCCAGCUAGACGCUACACGUGGGGUUAGUCAGCUAGCUACUGACAAUGUCACUCUUCCUUCCUACAAGGACCAGCCCCGGUCUAAGAAGAUAGCUAACGAUGCCACCAGAUACCUGGACCUGGUCAAGAUGACUGUUCCACUUGCUAUUGUGGGUUUCCUGGCUCACAUUCCCACUGUUAUAACUGGUAUGAUGUGCGGACAUUUGAACUCGACCACACAGCAAAGUGCUGCGAGUCUAGCUAUGAGCACGUGCAAUUACAUCGGGUUCAGCUUUAUCCUGGGCCUUGUCACGGCCAUGGAGUGCAUGGGCUCCCAAGCUGCAGGAGCAGGUAAGCGGAUAUGUCUCGGGCUCAUAACUGCACGGACCAUCGCUCUCUGCUUCGUCAUUUCAAGUUUGAUCACAAUCGCUUGGUUUUACUCGGAGAAGAUAUUUGACGUGGUGACAUCCUCCAAACCAGAAGUAGAUCAGCUAGCAGGGGAAAUGUUACAAGUCUACUCCCUAGUUCUCCCAGUCUUUAGUAUUGAUGUAGCCAUGACACGUUACGCCAUCAUACUGGGCUACGUAGCGGAGAUAGUGGUAGUACGGCUAGUGUCCGUUAUAUUCCAGAUAAUCCUGGGUAUCAUUCUCCUGUUCGUCCUGAACCUAGAGCUGCUGGGAGCCAUGAUAGCCCUGAUAAUAGCGGAGAUAGCGGGGACAGUGUCUACUGUGUACAUUGUAAAGAAGUACGGGGCUCUGCAGGAAGUUACCAGUAACCUUAACUAUAACAUGUUCAGAGGGUGGCCUGCGCUGCUGAAACUAGGCGCUCCGGGCAUUGCUAUGGUCGUUGCGGAGAGCAUCUUUGUGGAGAUGACCAUCAUGAUACUUUCUAAAAGUGAUCUGGACCACUACGACGCAUUCCUGCAGCUCCUCCAGUACCACCAGUUUUACUUCCAUCUCUACCACGGGUUUACUAUAGCUGGUGCUAUCAUAACAGGUAAAGAUCUAGGCAUGCAGGAUGCAGUGAAAGCUAAACGUGACGUCACGUAUUUCUCAUGGUUUUGUCUGGUAUGUGGGUUAACCUUUGCUUUGAUCACCAUCCUACUCCGAGACCAGGUAGCCUACCUCCUCUCCACCACACAGAUGUACAGGAGAUAAUGCAGCAGCUAAUACCCGUGUACUGUGUGUACCUGGUACUGGACUGUACUCAGGUUAGCAUGUCAGGUGUGUUGCGUGGUAUGGGUAAACAGGCAAUAGGUGCUCUCAUCUACAUCGUGUCCUUGUGUGGGAUAGGACUCUUAUCUUCUUAUCUCCUCACCACCAAGCUGUCCUCAUCAGGUUCUGCAGCCUGGAUCUCACUCGCUAUAGGAUCAGGUAUUGCGCUGGUAGUGAUAUGGUACGUGAUCCAGCGCACAGACUGGAACAAGGAGACAGUGCGCGCAAUGGAGAGACUAGGGCUACUAGAUAAGAGUAGCAUGGAGAUGAAACUGUUGAAUGGUAGAGGAGUGGAGGAGGAGCAUAUUGAGUUUAACCCCUUUACUAACGAGCUGUAUGAAAGUGAGAAGGCUCCUUUGUUUAGUAAGAGUGGCGGUACAGAGGAGAUGGGGAGGGAGGCUAGAGUAACCAUAGUUAUUUCAGGAAUGUGUGGGGUUGUCAUGGUAUUCUCUAUUAUCUUAUAUUUUAUAUCAUUCUCCUGAAGUUAUGUGAUUGGUUUGGAUUAGUGUCGUUUUCUGUACAAAGAUGUAGAAAUUGUAUUUGUUUGUUGUAAAAAUUUAAUUCUAAAUGUUAGCAUGAUAAUUUAAUUUCA